AGAGAAUAGGAGGGAGGGAGAGAGUGAAAGAGUGAGUGCCUGGAACACAAUUUCACACACAUUCACACACACAGGGAGACGGAUCUCUGCUGCAGCUCCCUGCUGGAUUUAGUGGAUUCACAACCUCUUCCCUUUCACUUGUGGUUGGGUCACUUCACAGGAGAGCGAGCCAACGUGCCCUAGGGGGCCCGGGGAAUGGAGGACAGUAUGUGACCGGUGCCUAACUCGCCGCUCCGCUUCACUGUCGGCAACAUGCAUCACCUUCACCGGAUGAUGGCUUUGUGCUUAUGGUGCUCUCUCCUCGCCAUUCUUCUCCACACGACGGUGUUUGCGGAUGAAGAGGCGGAUCUUACGAAGCCGACAGGACCGUCUGCCAGUAAGGGAUGGUCCAGUUGGCUAGGCUCGUACAUGCCAAAGCAGCCCAGCUUGUCCAGGAUCCCAUCACUCCCGGCGGCGCCAUUGUUUCCUUCGCUCAACCCAUUUGGAGGGAAGUCACAGACUAAGAAUGCAGGGCCCCAAAGGACCACACCAUCAGAGGGACCAACAAGGGAACUGUCAAAGGGACCGAUAGAGAGACCGACAGAGGGACCAACAGAGAGACCAACAGAGAGACCAACAGAGAGACCAACAGAGAGACCAACAGAGGGACCAACAGAGAGACCAACAGAGAGACCAACAGAGGGACCAACAAUGGGACCAACAGAGGGACCAAUAGAGGGACCAACAGAGGGACCAACAGAGAGACCAACAGAGAGACCAAUAGAGAGACCAACAGAGAGACCAACAGAGGGACCAACAGAGAGACCAACAGAGAGACCAACAGAGAGACCAACAGAGGGAACAACAAAGAGACCAACAGAGAGACCAACAAUGGGACCAACAGAGGGACCAACAGAGGGACCAACAGAGAGACCAACAGAGAGACCAACAGAGGGACCAACAGAGAGACCAACAGAGGGACCAACAGAGGGACGAACGGAGCCUGAGAAUUCACCGGGACAUACAGGGUCUGUGGAGGAGAGUAUUAAUAAAAGCCCUCAGUCCUCCACCAUCACCUCUUGGACUGAAGGUCACCCGAGCUCCACUGAGAUAAGAACAGUAACAAACCCACAGACAGUCACUCCUAACAAGAACACACAACCAAACACCCAAGAUAUCUUAGAUUCUAUAACCGCUGUCUUAGAUUCCAUAUCCUCUAUUUAUAUGUCACAGAGGGUUGAUAUAUCCUCAGAUAGUCUCACCACAGUCCCCACAACCCUGGUCACAACUCCACCAAGGAUCACCGUCAACCCAACACAGGUAGAGACCACACUGACCAGACAACCCUUUGACUCUGGCACCCCACCCACGUCCCCACAGACCAGGGUCACCACAAGACGUCUGGCCUUGACCGUAAGCACCGACAUUGGAACUAAAGAGGCCCUGGUCACCGAAACUCAGCCCAGUCAGAGUUCACCAGACCUGGGUGUUUCCGAGGCCAAAGCAGGGCCUGUGGAGGAACGACUGGGAGCAAACACCACCACCAGGACAGACGAUAGAACACUAAGGGUUAACUCACCAACACCCGGAGGUAACCUUCCUGAUGCUGAAGACUGGCUAUCUGACCCAAUGGGCAGUGAAGCCACCUACCUCCCAGACUGCAAUCAGGAACGUUCCGGAAUCUGCAAUAUCUCCGACACCUGGGCACCGCUUACCACCUCUGACGUCCUCCCCACCGCCAACACCCCCUCCGCAAACCAAUCAAAUAACCCCUUCCUGAUUCCGUCCCGGCCCAUGUUCAUAUCCCUGCACUCUGAUUGGAACAGCGCUAUGGCCGCCUGGGGGUUAGCCUGGGAUGCUCACGUGUACGGUCUGGGCUCCAUCUUCGCCAUGGUGACCCUGGCCUCGGCGCUCAACCUGCUGUGCCUGCCCCUGCGCUGCCCUUCCGGCUGUGGCUACUUCGGCCUGGUCAGCGUCUUCCUCCUGGCUGCAGGGUGUACUAGGGCUUUCUCACUCCUCUACGAUGCCUACGGCCACCAGGACCGGCUGCCCUCCACCGAGGCCUCCCUGCUGGUCUACGAAGCCCCGUUCCCCUGCUUGACUGCAGCCUUCGGCCUGGUCUUCCUGCUCCUCUCUAUGCGCUCCAGGAUGCAGCUAUCCUACUCAGCCUUCCAGAGACCCUGUUUCCUGGCCUGUCUGGUGUUGCUGCACUUCGCAGCAGCUUUUGGUCCUGUAGCACUGCUGAGGCUCUACCAGAGGAGGGCGCCCUUCUGCCUGCUCAUCUCCCGGGGAACGUUUGUGGCGCUGGUUUCUUUUCUAUCAGUCGCCUAUUUUGUGUUCUUCUGCUACGUACGGGCGGAUUCAAAGCACAUUUACCACCUGAAUAACACCUCGCCCACGCCAGCUGAGCGAUACAACCGCUGUCCAUUCGCAGAGAGCAGGGACUGGGACCGUGCGGCUGCGACAGUGUGCCUUUCGGCUCUGUUCUGCCUGGCUUGCGCCGGGCUGCAGCUGUACGCUAUGCUCCACUCUCUGGGGCUCGCCGGAGGAGCAGAUGUGUUCCGCCCCUGGCCUUGGUGGACCUUCCAGCUCAGCUGCAGGGUUUGUGAAGCCGGAGUUUGUCUCACCUUAGCCCUGGUGGUGGCCCAGCCAAUCUACUGCUCUGACCACCUUCCCCAGCCUGGAAGCUGCUGGACGGAGCUGCUGGCGAUCAAGUCGCCCAUUAUGCCGGGAACAUACCAGUGGACCAUGAGCCAGCAGGAGAAGCUGGCCAUCUGUGACAUUGGGCACGGGGAGACAGAGUGCCUGCCCCUCUACACGCUGGUGGAUGAAAGGCUAGGCAGCAGCUUGAACGGCCUGGACCUCCUGUACCACAGCAACCGGGCCUUGGCUUACAGAGACCUGGACCUGAAUUUGGAUCUGCCUGGCUCCAGCAAGCCCGAGGACAGGUGUGGUGGAGAGGCGUCCGGGGGUUCCUCCUUCACCAGUGACUCCACGGCUGACCUGCGGCCGCCAUCGCCCAUCAACCUGCGCCGUAGUAUUGAUGAGGCGCUCUUCAGCGAGGACCUCUUUCCCAUAAGCCUCUUCAGAUCGUCCAUACCCUUUUGCUGCAGUGACCUGUCACUCAACAUCCCCUACUCCACGUCCACCCUGCCCAAUGGUGGCCAGGUGCUUCGAGAGACCCUCUCAGCUGACCCAGGCCUGUACCGGACGACCUCCUGCGUGGAGAUGGCCCCUCCUCCCCCAACCCCUCUACCAAACCGACCUAUGGCAGGCGACACCAUCCUGGGUGCUCCACCAUCUCCCUCCCUGUCCUCCAACUCCUCUUCCCCAGAACGCUGGAGGGGAAGUUCCUCCUCCUGCUGCUUGUACAGACCCUCAUUAGGGGGGUCCUUUCUGGUACUCUGUUCCAGCCCAGAGGGACACGCCCUACCCUCAUCCCUAGGCGGCAGCUCAAGCCGCAUUACAGCCUCCAGCCACCAGGGCUCACACAUGCAGAGACACUAUCACACACUGGGGUCAGCCUCACAGGAGAGUCUUGACCUAGAGUCUGAAGCGGACCGGUCCGUACAAGAGGAGUUCAUCAAUGUCUGCAGACAGAUUGAUGCGAUGAGCAUCUGCAGUGAGACAAUUGACCUGUAGGCAGAGCUCUCAACAGUCAAGGGCUAAAGACUGAGGACUGGACUGAAAUAAGGUGUUGUGAAGAAGGAUUCAAGAUGGUGUCACGAUCUGUAAGGAGCAACGAACGGUUUGAUUCAUCAGGCUAGCCUUCAUUGUCAAGAAAGGUAAAAUAGUGCCAAAUGUUUGAGUAAAUGAACUGAGGGAAUGUUUGUGAAUGUUGAAAGGAGUAUUUUAUGUGCCACAGAAUGCCACAUGCCAAGGAGAAAUUUGUGACAUUUUUUCACAUUUGCUAUUGGAUGAUGAAGUUUGAUACGUUAAUAAAAGUAGCGUUUUCCUGUGCAUUUCAAGAGGGGCACAGGAAAGCAAAAUACAUUUGUACAAAACGUUUUGCAUUCAAAUAAAUAAUUCUGUGAUUGAAAAGCACUUAAACGACUACUGAAAAUCUUAUUUUAACAUACUCUUAUCCAGAUUGUGAGUGCAUACAUUCUCAUACUUUUUCUUCUCCAUACUGGUCCCCUGUGGGAAUCAACCCCUGGUGUUGCCAGCACCAUGCUCUACCAACUGAGCUACACAGGACUGACAAAACAAAUGUACUUUACAUUUUCAGUAAGAUUGUUAUUCAAUGCCAAGUUGUUUCA